AUGCCAACAAAUAUAGGCCCCGCUGGCCAAGUCGCAACAAACAAUCUCAUCCCUAUACGCUCUCGACCGUAUUCAACUAGAGCACAGCGAUCUCGAACGCCUGACAUACAACCCGUUGCGCCCACUCCAAAAGAAGAGUACAUUGCCCAGGCUGAGCUCCGGCCAGAAUCCUCACAAAUGCAACAACCGCUGCUUGUUGUCCUUGAUAUGAACGGGACAUUAAUAUACCGAAGACGUCGUACAUUCCCUCCACAAUUUACCAAGCGUCCCGGCCUAGAUACGUUUCUCCGGUAUCUAUUUGAUAACUUCAAGGUCAUGAUUUGGACUAGCUCACAACCGCAUACUGUCAAUGAGGUUCUGGAUAAACUUCUAUGCCCCGCAAUGAAAAAGCAAUUGGUCGGAGUAUGGUCACGCAAAGAUCUUGAUUUGACCUCCAAACAGUACAAGGAGAGAGUUCAAGUGUAUAAGCGUCUUGACAAAGUGUGGGGAGACGCGCAUAUCCAAUCCCAAUACCCCAACCAGGCUACACAGAAUGAAAAACCACGAAAGAAGAGUAACAAAGUGAAACUUCCGCGGAUACUUGGAGAGGAUACUCAGGUUUGGGAUCAAACGAAUACCGUCCUCAUAGACGACAGCAAAUUAAAAGCUGCCGCCCAACCACAUAAUAUCAUCGAGAUACCUGAAUUCACCAAUGACCGUAAAGUGGACGAAAUCAAGAAUUUAAACACUGUCAUACGCCAACUGGAUAUAUUAUCCCGCCAGAAAGACGUUAGUCGCAAGCUGAGGGAGUGGAAUCAGAAACGGCCAGAAGGGGAGUGUGACAGCAUUGAUGUGGAUGCAUUUUGGGAGAAAGAGCUGAUGCACUCCUCCCUUGACAUAAAUACACUCGAGUUCUCCACGUCCCAAGAAAAGGCGAUUAUCACUACUACUACGAAGGCAACCAAGAAUAUCAAGGCGCCCCAGUCCCUCACCAUCGAACAACUAAUUAGUGCAGCGAAAAAAUCGCAUACAGCAAUUAACCAACACAAGGACAAUCCUACGAAGGAAGCGACAAGCGAAGAGUCUAAGCGCAUCAACGAUGGAAAACCAAAACGAACCAAAGGUCAAAAGCGAGCUGCAACAAGGAGGCGGGCAAAGCUCAAGGGAGCCGCGUACAAGAAAGCUGACCCAGUUUGA